AUGAGCGCCAUUUACACUCAAUUUGCAGUGGAGUUCAUCGAGAAGGCAGAAGAAGUUCUUGCUGCUUAUGAGAUUGAAGGGAAUGACGAUUGCGAUGUUGAGAUUGACUUUGUAACUCGAUCGGUGCUUGGCCUACCACACACCGCGAAACCCACCCUCACCAUCGUCGCACCAUGGGAAGAGAGCAAGAAGCAUAGCUGGGAAGCCGUUGUUUCAGCUGUCAAAUCAUAUAUCGACAACCGGCUCGCGGAUUCCACCUUCGACGACCAUCCCGGACCCAUUGAUGUCUGCGUCGAGAUGAUGGCGCCUGAGUUAACACGACGCAAAUUCCUUGGGCCUGUUGAAGACAAUGCCAACCUGGAAUCAGACUGGCCAGCCAUACAGGAUAAAGUCUAUUCGAUCCUGGAAUCCUUUUCACAGACGCGGGGUUUCUAUGUCUCUCUGGAUUAUGACGCAGACGAAGUGAGCUGGCCACCAGUUGCUCGGGAAAUACAAGCGUACCUCGAUGGGCUUGAGCACGGCCUUGUGGUCCAUAUGGAGCAUAACAUCCUAAAAGGAUUCGCCUUCGAGCUCCUGGAGCCGCGUAACAGCCAUCGAGGCCUCUUGAUCCCCGAUGAUUACAAAAAAGGUGUGGGUCUCGGAGGCGAUAUCAGUGCUUCAACUUACCUCACUCGAGACGACCAAAUGCGCUGCAAUCCCAUUCUGGGGACACUCGGGUGUUACAUCGAAGUGAAAACUAGGUCCUCGUCUGAGUGGGUUAGGCUAGGCCUCACAAACUACCAUGUCAUAAGGCCGUGUCUCGAAGGCUUCAAGUUAACAGCAGCAUCCGGGACUGAACCGUUUCCUCACGGGGGUAUUACUGCUCCAGGUGGCGGCACGAUAGAUAGCAGCCUCACCGCGUCCGCUAUUGCAGACCCCGUUAGGGAAUCGCAACUUUGGAGGGCGGACAUGUCUGGCUUCACCCCGAAGACCGUGCCUGAAUCCCUACCUCUCGAAUCCCCAGCGCGUAUCAAGCACAACUACACCGUUCAUGACGAUGCAAGCAUUAUCCAAGAGGAGUCUAUGAUGCCUCUGUCCGCAAUAACCAGUGACGCGGAUCAGACCGAGAAGAUGGCAGAGAUGAGAGCCACUCGCAAUGGAACUCUACGGCCCCAACUCGACGCAUCCCUUUGGAAGAUGCGCUGCGGACAAAAGGUUUUCAAGGUCGGCGCCCGAACGAAUGCAACAGUGGGAUAUUACAGCAGGUAUAAACCCAAGUGCACCCUCGACCACGACAAGUACAUGAAGGUUAAGCCCUCUUCGGAGCACGUAAUUAUCGGGCACCUUUUUGGCGACGGGUCUCCCCAGGCAUUCGCAGAUAACGGCGACUCCGGGGCUGUCGUCUUCGACACCUUCGGCCAGAUGGUAGGGCUAUUGCUUACGGGACAAGCUCCACAGGGAACCCGAGGCCAAGGCUACGCCCUUGUUACACCCAUCGAAGAGGUUUUCGAGGACAUCAAAGCCAUGUCAAACGGUGAGAUUACGGACAUCCGUGUAUCGAAUUGGUGA